CACACUUUUCCAUUCUUGCAUUUUGAAUGUUGCUAUAAAGUUGCAAAUCUGGUCCUUUACCACUUAUGGUCCGCGUCCGUAAAAACGUAUGAUUACAUAUAUUUUGAAAGGAAGUGGGCUGUAAAUCCUGCUUUUGGCCAGAAGUGCGAAUUUACCAUACAAAUGCCCAGCCCCGAGCGCCGACACACAGCAACCAAAAAGGAUUUCCUUGCCACAACAAACUGAACAAACCGGAACAAACAUCGACUUUCUUUAAAUUUCAGAUUAAAUUACGAGACUAUUCAGGUUUCGCAGAAGGCCAAGCGUCGAAAACAAGACUUCGUCGGUAAACAUUGACUGCAAAAAUUUUUGCACUUUGCAGUUGAUAGGUCUCGGUCAUAGAAUUUGACGUUACACCUUAAAAAAAUGGCUUUUAACUUGUCAAUCUUCACCCUUAAUUGUUGGGGCAUCCCUUUUUUAUCCAAAGAUGUGCCAGUGCGAAUGAAUGCUAUAGCCAAUUUUCUGGCGCAGUGUUCGUUUGAUGUAAUCUGUUUGCAAGAAGUCUGGUCCAAUUCCGACUACGAACUCAUCAAGAACAGAGUACAAGACAAUCUUCCUUAUUCUCACUAUUUUCACAGCGGUGUCAUAGGCUCCGGACUUUGCAUUUUCUCCCGAUACCCAAUAAUCGACAGUCUGUUCCAUCAGUGGGCUGUCAAUGGGUAUGUUCACAAGAUUCAGCAUGGCGAUUGGUUUGGUGGCAAGGGAGUUGGUCUCUGUCGAAUCCUAGUCGGAGAACAUCACGUCAAUGUUUACACUGCACAUUUGCAUGCCGAAUACGACCGUGAGAAUGAUGAAUAUUUGGCUCAUCGAGUUGUUCAAGCCUUUGACACAGCCCAAUUCAUUAAGUUGUCAAGUUCACCUCACGAAAUCAGUGUGGUUGCCGGCGAUCUGAAUACCGAGCCGUACGACAAUGCAUUCCACAUCAUUAAGCAUGUGCCUGGCCUGCAUGAUUGCCAAGACUAUAAAAGUGAGGAACUAAUGACAAACGAGGCUAAGAGCAAUAAUUACCGGCUAAUGACGGCUGCAUCGCCCACCGCACCAGGAAAAAGGAUCGACUUUAUUCUUUUUAAGCCACCCCAAGGGGUUUCGGUUGAUGUGAGAGAUUUUGGAUACGCAUUGCCAGGCAAAGUCGAAGGCACAGAUUUGAGCUAUUCGGACCACGAGGCACUGCUUGCAGUUCUAUCAAUUAACUUUUCAAUGAAAAGUGAUGAUAAUAAAGUAAGCGAGGUGCAAACUUUAAGAGUAAAUGCUCUUGAAAAAGCCAUCAAUGUAUGUGAAGAGGCGUUGCACGAUCUAAAACAGAAGCAACUUCGCCUGACCUAUGGUGUUGUUUUUACUUUGCUGGCGCUCUUGGCAACACACAUCCUCCUUCCGAAGUUGCUGCCUGAUGGACCUUUGGCUACUGGUUUCAACGUCGUCCUGCACCUCUCUUUAUUGCUGACAGAAGUCUUUUUGCUGUUCAUGAUCACUAUUUGGCACAGGAUGGAGGUGAACGGUAUAAACGCAGGAAAACUGGGUAUGCAGCUCACAUUAGACAAGCUCAUUAAUGCCUAAAUUAUUGACUAUGGCAAGAAUCAUAUUUAACUGAAAAAGACGAGGGUCUCAUACGAAUGCUCGUAUGCAUCUUGUGGAUGCAAGAGGCAAACAUGCAUUAUAAAUAUAUUGCUAUAUUUUUUCUUUUCAAUUACUGCUCUCAAUGAUGACAAUCUGUGUCCGAGCUACAUGUCAGACCAAGACCCUCUUGUUAGUAAACCAGUGCCCCCUUUUCUCGUAGUGCAGAAGACAUCAAACCUUUUUUUUCCGUUUAUAUUACAGUGUUGGAAAUUGGUGAGAUAUGCUGUGAACGAAAAUUCAUGCAAUGAAUUUAUAAUUAUUGCGGACAAGAAUAUUUUUAAGCGUGUCAGAUGAUACAAUAAUUUUGAGGGGAAUUAGAAGUUUGCUGAGUUAAAAAGAAAAACAGGCUAAAGUUAAAGAAAGAGUGGAUUAUUUUGCUGAUCAAGCUUGCACAAAAGAUUUUUCUUCUCCAAUCUGCGGUGAAUUAUUAUUAAUCGAGAGCUUAAAUAUAUAUUCGAAAAGAGAAAUAAAGGCAAAAUUUAAAGUAAGUUUUGUAGAUAAAUAUAAUAUAUUAUUUUCAUAAUCAAAUUUGAGAAUUGAAGUGAUCUGCUGAAUGCAAAGUGGCUUCAAAUGGAGAAGAAUCUUUUUUCAAGUCACCAUCUAAAAAAAAAUUUAUUCACGUGGUUUUUUUCCUUUCAGUAAUUAUACUCAUUGUGAGUAAUAUAAUUUCAAAAAUUUCUAAUUUUUGUUAACAAGAAGAAGAAAGCUUUAGCUUGUCACGAUAUUAUUAAAAGAUAAAAAAAAAUUGCACAUGUUGAGCAAAAAGCAAGCAUAUUUUCUGAUGGUAACAAAAAAGAGGUGCACACAAUGUUGUUGUUUUGCCAUGUCUCUUUCAUGUGUUAAAUCGGUUGAAUCGAUCGAAUGAAAAAAAUAUAUAAUAAAAAUGCACCAUAGCAGUGCUGCGGUGGUUUGGUUGUAAAUGUAAUCAACUACAAGUUUUCAUGAAAAAGUCUUCUAUUCUUCUGUUUGUGCUUACGUUUAUGCUCAAAAGAAUAGGAUACCGCCUGUAAACAAAAUGUUUCUUGCUAUAUAUUUUAUUUGAACACUUUUUAUGCUGCCCAACAUAAAGCCAAGACAAAGAUCCCGCUCCAAACAAGUAUAUCGUAAGACUUAAUCUUACAGUUAGACGCCUUGUGUGUGUUAUUUGUUAUGCUUUAAAUUUAUGUGAUAAUAGUAAUUUUAAAUCAAAAGAUUUUAAUUUAUAUAAGUAUCGAGUAAUUUGAAAAUAAUGGCAUACAGGUAGAGGAAAGAGAAUUUCAGCAAUAUUUAAAACACUUGUAAGUGCUUGCACACAGAUAUACACCUGCUUACAUUUAGACUGAAGCAUUUUAUUUUCUGAAGUCUAUCAAAUUUUGUGUGAUUGCAACUGUGUACCUUUUGUACAAUUUUUAUAUUUCGCCAUAGAAAUAAGUUAAAUCUCAACUUGUUUGUCAGCACAAAAGAGAUACGUGUUUUAUGUUAAAAAAUAUUUUUGAGAAAUAGAUUAAGGCGUUAUCAAAAAUUAUAGCUUUGCUACUAGAUGUCUCAACGAGUUAAAUAUAAAAAUAUUAGAAAAAAAUUGUUUUAGCUUGUGGAUUUGUUUUUUUAAUUUCACGUGAAAUUUUUUGACAUAAAAUUACGAAACGAUGAUAUUUGAUAUCAUCGAGGAGGAAAGAACUCUUCUAUUAACAGACGCGUCAGUCUUCAUCAGGAGCGCGAAUUCAUUUUACUUAUCUUUGUUUCAAAUGUUGGGACUCAAGAAUUCUAAAGCACAUGACUUGUAUGGAUAGUUAAAGGUUUUUAUUAAAUAAUCAAUUGUUCUUUUUCAUUUUUAUACACGUGCAUAUAUGUUAAUUAUUGGUUGUUGAAUUAUUCAGUUUGUGAAAAAUAAAUAUAGUUACAUUAAA